AUGAUGAAUACGAUAUAUAACCAUGAUGGUAAAGCGCAACCGAGCGAAGUGGAGGGUGAACAUCCUGCGACAAGGGAGGUACUGGUAACUAAAAAGUAUAAACCAGUCGCACAGAAAAUCCGACCCGUCUUUCAGGACCUACCAGAUAAAUUUCGAAUUAUUCGGGAUAUAAAAGGGGGGAUCCUAGAUGGACACCUUGCCAAAGCUGAAUAG